GAGCGCGCCGCCCCUGCCCCCGGCGGCCGCCUGGCCGAGGUGUGCGCGGUGCUGCUGCGCCUGGGCUGCCCUGCGCACAGACCUCCCGGGAGAUGCCUGCUAAGCCCGGAUUUCAGACAUUCUAGCGUAUCUAAAGGAUAGAACGCUUUGGGAAGAAUGUUAUGGUGGCUAAACUUCCAGAGUGACCCUUGUACUCAGCUGGGCACAAAAAUCCUUUGUCGCACCACGUGUCCCUAUGUUUGCUUUGGAAAAUAGGUCUUUGCAGUUACUGACUGAAAUCCUGCCAUCCACUGCUCUUUCCUAUUGAUUUGGAGGCCUCCUAGGCUCCCUGCGGAAAUUUGGUGCUCCCAGAGAGCCAAAACCAGCUGGGUAGCCAAAAUCCCACCUGGAGAGCUAGUCCUGUGUAGACACCUGGGGGUACUGUUUCUGGGGUCACACACAGCCCAAUAACUGUCUCCAUGUUCUCCGAAGUCUGGACCCCAGAGAGGGAGGGACUAACCCAGCUGACUCAGUCAGUCCUCACCACAGGGACUGAGUUGCUCAUCCAUAAACCGUUGUUGGGUGCCAAGAGUGGGCACCUGGGGAGGGGGUGGCAGCAGAGAUGGCUGCCUGACCAGGUGGCUCUCCAGGCAGAGUGUGGGGAGAAGCUGGCCCGGGAUCUGGGGUUGGGGGUAGCACCCCUUAAAGGGAACACCCUGCCUCUUUUCAGGCUGACCCCGGUGUCUGCUUGUCCCUGUUUUGUGUGGACCCUGGGAGUAGGGCUCUGUGUACCUGGUCUGCCCAGGAGUGUGUAGUGGGGAGGAGACACACAGAUUCCAGCGGCCAGUGCACAGGACUGCACAGGAUACUGCAAGGGCAGUAUCCCACCUGGGCCUUGGGGGAGGGGAGAGGUUUGUAGGUGUGGAGAGCAAGUGGGAUUUGAGCCAUGAGCCAGGGGUCCGGAGCGCCUGGACUCCCGAGAGGUCAGCCGCCCAUCGCCGUUUCUUCCAGCUGGGCUGUGGGGACAACACUGGGGGGAGCAUUCUAGAGGGCCCUGGAAAAGAUGGUUCCUUGGGCUCCUGAGAGCCCCGCAGACCCCUGGAGGGCCAGGAGGAAGUCCUGCCUCUGUCCUGGCCUGCUCUGCACCCUGUCGACCUCAGCCUCCGUCUCCUUGUCUGUGAGCAGAAUCUUGGGGCUGCUUCUCCCUCGGCCUGGAGUCCCUAUAUUUAAACUUGUCUGAAUAGCCCUGCUUUGGGCUCUGCUAAUCUGACCAGGCCAGCUUCUGUCCCCUCAGUCCUCAGCGGCCCACCCUGAGAGCCCCAGAUGCUUCGGGCCUGGGCUCGGGGAGCAGGGGUGAGCCAAGCGCCUGGCACCGGCCCUCUCAGGAGCAGGGCCUUCAAGGCCCCUCUCCAGUGUCUGUCCCUGCCAUGUCUAGUCCCUGGGGCUCAGCCCCUGCCAGAUGGCUAAGGGGGCCCCAGAGGGAGAUGGUUGGGACACCACAGUGUUCUUGUUUAUGUCCCAUUCACUGCCCUGAACAAGAGCAGUGCCCUCAGCAUGAGCCCCUCCACGGCCUGGCGCUGUCUCCCUGCCCCCAGCCCCUCCUCAGCACAGACGCCCAGCUCCUGGGGCAGUGGCCAACAGGAAGAAGCCCGGGUCGCGUCCCCGUGGUCAGCCUCUGGGGCCCAGUCCCCAGCAGCCCCUGAGCUCUGUGUGUGGGAACGGCCAGGCCAGUCCCAGGAAUUUCCACGCAUCAACCUCCCCCCAUCGCUGUGCCGGCCUUGUCUCAGUUCUGCUCCAGUUCCAGAUCUUAAUUAAUUAGAUGGAGAGCAGCUGGCCCCAGGGAUGACGCGGGCGCCCUUAUCGGCCGGGACCGUCCAGUCGGCAGCAUUUCCCUGUUGGCUUUGGCUAGAGAAGUGUCUGGGCUGGGGGACACCCAGUCCGAGGGCUGUGUAGAAUUCCUGACACAUCGCUGCCAGGGGCACCCCAGCGAGCACACGCGGCAGGCAGGGCCGUUGAGAGGGCAUUUCCUCUGCUGAGUGUGGCCACCCCAUCCAGACACACCCUCUUGGCACCAGGGGCCCCGGUUUGAGCCUGGGCUGUGCUGGCAGCCGCGGGCAAUGGCUCAGCUUCUUGGUUCAGCGAGCAGUUCUGGGGCCUGAGCAAGGACCUCCCUCUAAGCCUCCCACCUAUGUGGGGUUGCCAGUGAAGUCCCUGCCCAUGUUGGGCUCUGGCUGCCUGCCCGGUCUGCCUGCCGCCUGGGCAGCUCACUGUGGGCCAUGAGUCACCGAUCAGGCAUGGCCCACGCUCCUCCCUGGGAUUCCCGCCCCACCGGCCCAGCCAGCUUGGCCCUGGGGUUGGGGGGUGGGGGGAUGGCUGGCUUCUCAGAAGGAGUGGGCUGCAGAGGCAGGUCUGGGGUGCCCAUCGCAUCUCCCUCAUCUCCUUGUCCCCCAUCUGAUAGGUUGUGAGAGUCAGAGUCUGGGUCAGUGAGGGACAGGGUCCCUGAGCCAGCUGUGGCCACAGGGAUGAGGAGUGGGCUGGUCCCAGGCCCGUGUGACAGUGGGGUUGGGGCCAGGCAGGUGUGGACCAUCUCUGACCCACUAUGUGACGGCACAGGGGAUGAGCUGGAGCUGAUCCGGCCCAGCAUCUACCGCAACGUGGCGCGCCAGCUGAACAUCUCCCUGCAGUCUGAGACCGUGGUGACCGACGCCUUCCUGGCCGUGUCGGCCCAGAUCUUCUCUGCAGUUGAUGGAGGUUUUGUCGUUUCCACCUUUUGGCGAUUGCGAACAGGGCUGCUGUGGAUGUUCCUGGACAAGGGCUUCUUUGAGCUGGCUUACGUUUUUAUAGCAAUUGUUCUGCUGUGUGAAGGUGGAUUGAAGGGCACACUCGGUCCCCGCACACGCCGCUUCCUCGGGCGAUUGCCGACAAGGACCCUCGCUGCUGGGCGUGCAGGCUCUGUGCUUCCCAGAAACUGCCAGGUGCUCUCCAGCUGUCUUGCCCAUCAGUUACAGGGCUGCAGAGCGACCUGGAUCCUCCCAUCGCCAUUUAAGUUUUUAAUCUGAUGGAUUACAAUCCACGCCUUGUUUUAAUUUACCUUUCUUUGAUUAUUAGUGAGGGCAAGCAUGUUUCAUAUGUCUAGUGUGUUGUCUUUUUUCUUUCAUGAAUCAGCUGAUUGUGUUCUAUGCUCAUGUGUCUUUUGAAAGGUUUCUUUUUUUCUCAUUGAUUUAUAAAAUCUGUUUUUAUAGUAAGGAAACUUACAUCGUAUAACUGGCAAGUGUUCUUCCCUGGGUUGUCAUCCAUCUGUCUUUUCCUCCCAGGUGGGCUCCAUCUCAGUUCUACCUCUCAGUAGCUUAGUGGUCCGGGGAAGGUCGUCCCUCCUGUGGGCGCCAGCUUCUUUAUAUGGCCAAGGUCCUGCUGCCCUUGCAGGGCUGUUCAGGGGAACAGACAAGCCCGGGGUUGCAUCAGGUGGUCAGCUGGCUAGGCACCUUAUCCAGUUGGGGAGCUGUGGGGAGGGCCUGGCACCCUGGGUGCCGACCCCAGUCAUCAGCAGAAUGUCAGGGGGAGCAGCUCAGAGAGGCUCAGCCCCUUCGCAUGACCCUGAGGUCUGGACUCGAGCCGAGGUCCUGGCGGCCUUCUGACCAGCAUCCGUCUCUCC